UCGAAGGAGAGACAGACAAUACGAUCCCACAAAAUUACCCCGUUCCUCCGUUACUCCGUCAUUGGUUUAUUAGGAGCCGUCGUUUAAUCUCAUCUCCAGUAGGCUACCAUCAACUUGGUUUGACAACACUGGGAAGAGAGAAGCGAAGAGAGGACUGGGAUUUGUUAUCUGCUGUUCCAUCAGAGUGUAGCUCUUGGUGAGCUCGAUAUAAGAGGGAUUUUAUUCUCAUCACCAUCUCCCACAAGACGACCGGAGAAAUCUCUGCUCGAGCUCCUCGAUCCUAUCUGCACACGAUCUAUUGUUUUCUUACUGGGGGUCACGAGGCACCACUGUCACAAGAUUUUAUCUUCGAAUAGCAUUAACUACACUGCUCUCUCCUUAUUUGUUUACGUUCAUUUAUUUUUACUCAUGCAUGGACAUGUCUCUAUCUUGAAAGACUAAACAAAAAACAACACAAAAAACAACUCCAUGCAUCGCAGAUUUUUAAACAAAAAUAUUGCAAUUCAGUUAAAAAUUUGAGAAAGGAACCAGUUGCUUGGAAUAAUUUAUCUUGUUACAGUAUCAUAGCCUACUGGCGUCUGAGGGAAAUUGCUUUCAUAGUUUGAAUAAAUGAAUGCAAAGGACGAACAGGAUUGGAGAGGAGAAUGUUUUCUAUAAAAUGAACCAAAGAGAGAAUAUUUUGUGGUGAGAGCUGUCGUGCACGUAACUCUUCAAAAGGACAUCGAGGACCUACAGCUGAAGUUUAUUGACACCGCAAGCGCUUUCCACUUGAUACUGAAGCACUGUUAAGAAAAAAAACUGAAAAUGAUGCUGAGUCCAGACCAACCUGACUCCGACCUGCCAUGGGGCCAGUCCGACGCUGAAUCGGUAUUGAAUGACAUCAAAAUUGGCUGCGUCUCAGACGAGCCGAUGGAAGGUGAGGGGAAGACAAGGACUCUCGCGCCACAGGGUCUCAGCAGGGAGGAGAAGCGAAGGAGACGGCGCGCGACAGCCAAGUACCGCUCUGCUCACGCCACCCGAGAGCGCAUCCGAGUCGAGGCAUUCAACGUGGCUUUCGCCGAACUGAGGAAGCUGUUGCCAACUUUACCACCAGACAAGAAGCUUUCCAAGAUCGAAAUCCUCAGGCUUGCAAUUUGCUACAUCUCAUAUCUAAAUCACGUAUUGGAUGUUUAGAGAACGGACUGGGCGUAAAGGGGGAAACGUGAGAUCAAAUUCCAUUUUCUUAAAAGUGAAAAGUGGUAAUUGGGAAGCCCUGAAGAAUCACGGUGCUGCUAAUAUUAAUGCUAUUAACCAUGAUAAAUUGGCCUUCGAAAAAGGCAUAUGGUGGAGGUCUAAAGAACUUGGAACCUGCCAUUAGCCAUGAAUAUAGUAAUUAGCUAAACUGAUAUUCAAAUAAAAUGAAAUAAAUAAACAGGCGGUGUUGCUGAGAGCAUAGCCUACAUAGUCCCCCUCUUCUGCUCCAAACAGUCGCUAAACGGCUUGAUGGUGCUGUGCAACAAUUGUAACGUGUCUUUGAGUCGUUUAACAGGAAUGCAAUAAUGUCAUAUGGACAGGGGCAAAGUUCAUUUUAAAAAGACCUACAUUAUUGUCAAAGACAAAAUCGUCUGUCAAAGACAAAUUCCAACGAAAACGAUCAAAAAUAUUUGUAGCCUACACUAUUUCAACAGCGAUGGCAAAUCUUAUAUGGCGGUGGAUUACGCGACACUGAAAGUGACUUAAAUGAGCUAAAGAAAGCCCUCUUUGGAAAGUCUUUAACCUUAAGUCAAAUCAAAUAACAGCUGCUUAAUAAGAACCGUAUAUAAAAGGGAAAGAAAAAAUAAAAUGGAUAAGUGCCACUACCUAGAGAUGUCAAAUUAUGACCUUAAUUUUUUUAACACAUUAAUUUAUUUGUAUUUAUUUAUUUAUUUGUUUGUUUCUGUACUUAUUUAUGUAAUUGUUAUUUUAUCAAUAUUUAUUUAAUGUAUUUAUCUAUUUAUCGUGACAGUGUCUACAGAUCAAUGUCCGCUGUUUACGUGUAAAUGUAUGUAUAAUUACUCAUGUAUAAUUAUUUAUUCUUUAGACCGUGGUGUUGGACGAUGAGUGAUGUUGUUGCUCUUCAAUUGCACUUUUCAGUGAUUUUUUGUUGUUAUGGGUAUUUUGUAAAUGGGUUGUACGUCAAACAAUCUGUUAUGUUGAUAAUCUAUUUCAUGUUUGGCAACCAGAAGCACUUCACCUUAGAUGUAUUUGUAUCAACUUCCUUAUUAAUUAAUUUAAAAGAGUGUUAAAGGGAUGGUUGCUUGGAAUUGUUAUACACUGUGGAUGGCCGAUAUUUUUAUAGUUUAUUUUUCAUUUAAAUAAGUAGACCUAUUUGAAUUAAUACAACUGAGGGAAAUGCAAUUAAACACGCACAUAAAA